AUGGCUUCAAGAUGCAUUAGUACUUUAAACGAUCUGGAUAAGAUUUCCAAGAGGAUCUACCACAAGCAUUCAAAGGUAAGCGAUGAAAGUUGGAAAUUGACUCUCUCGUCCAGAAACGUGGAAAAGUAAAACAAUUCAUUGACAUUCAUUGAAUGAUCCCCUAACCAUAAUUGCGUUAAUCGCCGCUUACAGUUGUCUUCUCACACAUUUUGUUUGCCACAUUUACUAUUUGCAGGAGCGCUUUCGCGCCGGUAUCGAAGCUAAACUCAAAGCUUCCAGAGACAAAGCUGAUCGAUCUUUGCGAGAAAUAAACGAGGGAUCGUCUUACAGGUCUUGCAAAACGUCAGCGACCCAUCGUUCCUCAGUAGAGUAAGAUUCCUUGAAAUGUUUCUAACUUAGAAGAUGUUUGUGAGCUUAAUUGUAAUAAUAUUUUUCAAAUACUUUCUACUGUCAGAGACAUAUUCUUGGUGCUUUAGCUGCAAUUACCAGCAAUAAGAGAAAAUACCAUGUCAGCGUGGGGAGGGGAAGUCAUAUUAAACUUUGGUUAAGAGUGAGAUUUCAUUAGAGCUUAAGACAUUUCUUAUGCAUGCUCCUACUUUCGUUUAACCAUUAAUUUUACUUGUUUGAGUUGGAGAAUGUGUGUGUAACAUUUUUAGUUGUGAAUUUUGCCUAAAAGAACUGAACUUUUUAAGAACAACCUGACCUGAUCAAAUCAACAUGAAUUCAUUGUUUUUGUCUCCUAGCACAUCUAGUGUGACUUUGUCAUCAAGACUUUUUUCUGCCUCUGCUUCAACAAGAUCAACAACCUCAGAACACUAUAACAAAGUAGUGAAGGAGAAAACGAAGUGCAAGCAGUCUACUUCCAAAUCCACUGACACUGGGAAAAAGGAGAGAAUACAAAGACGAGAAACAAAGUCUUGUCCAAGCCGUUCAGUAGAUGCAAAGGUUGACAAAAAGAAAGACAAGAAAAUCGAUGUAGAAGAGGUUCCACGGGCCAUGUCUGUUUUUGGCAAAUACAAUGGGAAAGGCUCGGAAUAUAAGCCCACAGCUUGGUUUAACUUUCCCCAGGAAACAAGUGUUGGUGUUAUUGAUUCUUUUGUAUGUGAUGCAAUGAAUGAAAAGCCAAUGUGCUAUUCGAUAAAUGUCAAGAAAGGAGAAACUGUACCAAAUCUAUUACAGCAUAACUUGGAAGUCAGGGUAGGGCAAAAUGGUGUUAUCAGGACACAGAGAAAGAAAGAUACAGUGAUGUCUGAGGUUUGUCAAGGAGAUGCUAGACAAGGAAAGAAACGGACUGCUCCUUUAUCCUGGGAAGAACAGCUUCAAUGGCAUGAUGUAAGUAUUGCUGGGUAGCAGGGCUAAAAAAAACUUGAAUUACAGCUUGCAGCUCUCAUAUUUUGCUUGGACAGGGCCUUAGUUAAUGAUUUUGUUAUAGGAGGACUUCCCUGCCCAGCAAGAAAAUCUACUUGUCCCAAGACUAAAAAAAGGAUGGGACUUUUUUCUAGCCUUGGGUAGCCUGCAAAUGAUAAGUAACAGUAAUUCUGGCUGCUGCUUCGCCCUUGCUACUUUUGAGGGGCAGAGAAGGGAUAGGCAGAAAUAAAUUAUGUUUGCAUUUUAGGGCUCUCAGUCAUCCAGGGGAAGUAAAUUUUCUUGCUGGGCAAGGAUUGAACAUUUUCUCUUUGGUGAUCAUUUUAUUUGUAACGUCCACUCAUAACAGUUACUUUAAAAGCACAAAACUCAUAUCCAUUCUGGACUCGGACGUUAAUCGACGCUGCUUACACAUCACACAGAAAAACGGUAAGAAGGUCAUCACAGAAUGAUUCGCUGAAACAGAAAUGAUGUUACUAUUACAAAGGUGAUAUGACUGAACUAUGACCAGCAAAAGAUGCAUACAUACAAGUUGUUGUGCAUCUGAAAGCGAACAAAACCUGAUCUCAUAACAAAACGAUAACAAACAUGAGCUCUGUGGGAAAGUGUGCCCUUGAUCUUUAGGUACGUGGCCACCACUUCAUGUAAUGUGCUCAUUGUCUCUAACAUAUUGAUGCCCAUAACCUUUCUCUUGAUGAUGUAUUGCAAAUUAAUGUUGUUGAGAGAAAAUUGAUGUUGAUCACUCUUGAGGCUUGAAGGUUGAGCUAACUGUUGUUUUACUGACCUUAUACUACUACAUGAGAAAUUUCUGUAAUUUGAUUGGCUGAGAGCAGUGGUAUUUCAGCUUAAUUUGAAAUACCUACAUGUGACAAUUACAAAACCUUUGCGGGUAGCAGUAUAAACAAAUAAUAGCAUGAUUUGUACGUGUUAUUUGGCAUAAAUACCACUCGUGAUAUUUUAAAAUUGUCUCAAAUUUCACUCGCCUAACGGCUCGUGAAAUUACGUAUAACAAUUUUGAAAUAUCACUCGUGGUAUUUAUACCAAAUAUCACUACAAAUCAUGCUAUUACCUAUACUAAGACCAGUAGGUGACCAUGUCAUUCUUAAUUUUCCAUAAUUUCAACUAUGUACAAUAAUUUAUCUACAAAUAUAUGAGAUGCAAAAUUGACAGUAGCAAAAGUUUUUUAUGCAAAAAGAGAAAAUAGAUGAGGUUUGAAUUAACUUAAGUCAUAUUUUACACCUCCUUGAGAAAAGAAUCAUUUUUUAGAUUGUUAAUUUAGAAUAAGAGGUUCAAUUCAUUAAUUCCUACUUUAUUUUACAGGCAUGUGUUAUUUCAGCAGAAGCACGUAGAGAUAAAAGUGCAUCUUCUGAGGUAAAAUAAACUUUUAAAAGAUAUUAAAAAAUGUUUAAAGUUUCACAUUUUCACGUGGGUCUAUGAGUGUUAAUUUGUUUGUGUGCUGGCUUUAAAAACCAGUUUUUCCUAUGACGCUCACUCAAGAAAUUGUUUUUGUGGAUUAACUGCUCUGUUUUUGGCAUACAUAUUUCUUUUUCAUGAUUUUAAACCUGCAGCUAUUUUUGAAAGUUAAAGAUUAGUUUUUUUUUUUUGUAAAUUUUCUAGGUGAGGCUAACUCAGGGAUUAAUGCUUAACAAAUCUGCAUUCUUUAAUUUUUAAAAUACAGGCAUUAAUAAAUUUUACCUAAACUUGUUUUCAGCUUUAGAUUCAAGCUUGGUUUUCACUAUUGCCUUAAAAAUGCACAAGUGAAAGAAUAAGAGUCCUUGUUAUAUUCCUAAACUUUCACUCAAUUAAAUAGGGACUGCCAUUGGUUGAUUAUUGGUGAUGUUCCCGUGGAUAAGUUCAAAUCAGGGGCGGUUCCAGGAUUUUUUUUAGGAGGGGGUGCACUCGUCUCUUGCUCUACUUCAACACCAAUAAACCACAUAGUUUUUUUUUUGCAUUAGAAAACCGCAGGUCAUCUCAGGAGGGGGAGGGGGGGUGCGCACCCCCUGCUGAGGUUCCACGGGCCAUGUCUGUUUUUGGCAAAUACAAUGGGAAAGGCUCGGAAUAUAAGCCCACAGCUUGGUUUAACUUUCCCCAGGAAACAAGUGUUGGUGUUAUUGAUUCUUUUGUAUGUGAUGCAAUAAAUGAAAAGCCAAUGUGCUAUUCGAUAAAUGUCAAGAAAGGAGAAACUGUACCAAAUCUAUUACAGCAUAACUUGGAAGUCAGGGUAGGACAAAAUGGUGUUAUCAGGACACAGAGAAAGAAAGAUACAGUGAUGUCUGAGGUUCGUCAAGGAGAUGCUAGGCAAGGAAAGAAAAGGACUGCCCCUUUAUCAUGGGAAGAACAGCUUCAAUGGCAUGAUGUGAGUAUUGCUGGGUAGCAGGGCUCAAAAAAACUUGAAUUACAGCUUGCAGCUCUCAUAUUUUGCUUGCACAGGGCCACCUCUUGCUCGUCUAAGUUAAUGAUUUUGUUAGAGGAUUACUUCCUUGCCCAGCAAGAAAAUCGUACUUGUCGUAGGACUAAAAAAUGGAUGGGACUUUUUUCUGGCUGCUGCUUCUCCCUUGCUACUUUUGAGGGGGAGAGAAGGGAUAGGCGUAAAUAUGUUUGCAUUUUAGGGCCCUUACAAAGCCUCAGUCAGUCAUCCAGGGGAAGAAGAUUUUCUUGCUGGGCAAGAAUUGAACAUUUUCUCUUUGGUGAUCAUUUUAUUUGUAACGUCCACUCAUAAUUGCUACUUUAAAAGCACAAAACUCAUAUCCAUUCUGGGCUCUGACUUUAAUCGAAGCUGCUUACACGCCACACAGAAAAACGGUAAGAAAGUCAUCACAGAAUGAUUCGCUGAAACAGAAAUGAUGUUACUAUUACAAAGGUGAUAUGACUGAACUAUGACCAACAAAAGAUGCGUACAUACAAGUUGUUGUGCCUCUGAAAGUGAACAAAACCUGAUCUCAUAACAAAACGAUAACAAACAUGAGCUCUGUAGGAAAGUGCACCCUCGAUCUUGAGGUAUGCAGUCACCACUUCAUGUAAUGUGCUCAUUGUCUCUGAGAACAUUAUUGAUUCCCAUAACCUUUCUCUUGAUGAUGUAUUGCAAACGUUGUUAAGAGAAAAUUGAUGUUGAUCACUCUUGAGGCUUCAAGGUUGAGCUAACUGUUGUUUUACUGACCUAAGACCAGUAGGUGACCAUGUCGUGCAGAAUUUCCCAUAAUUUCAACUAUGUACAAUAAUUUAUGCACAAAUAAAUGAGAUGCAAAAUUGACCGUAGCUGAAGAUUUUGGUGCAAAAAGAAUGAAAAAGAGAAUUAACUCAAGUCAUAUUUUACACCUCCUUGAGAAAAGAAUCAUUUUUUAGAGUGUUAAUUUACAAUAAGAGAUUCAACUCAUUAAUUCCUACUUUAUUUUACAGGCAUGUGUUAUUUCAGCAGAAGCACAUACAGAUAAAAGUGCAUCUUCUGAGGUAAAAUAAACUUUUAAAAGAUAUUUAAAAUGUUGAAAGUUUCACAUUUUUUUUUUCUAGAAUAAUGACCAUUUUUUUCUAUUUAAGGGCCUGAGAAAACAGCCAACAUUUUGUAACACCCCAGCUGGUUUUCUGUGCAAAAUGACAUCGGAGGAAUGGCUACAACUACACAGGUCUGGCUAGUGCUUUAGAUUGGUUGUGACAUUGAUAAGGAGAAUUUUCUUCAACCAAUCUAAGCUGUUCCAGGCUCCAAGGUAGUUGGGUCUGCGGGGAUUGAGAAAGCUCAACAUGAAAGUAAAACAGGAGGAAACGUUCUCUUUCGCUUCUUCUCCACUAUCUCAUUCUGACAGCCUGGAACAGGCUGCAAUCAAUCAGAGGCACUAUCCAGAUUUAAGUGGUGACAUGUCAUUAGUAUGGAAUUUCUGGGCUUGUUCCAGACAGAUGUCUUUUUACAGGGAAAAUUCCGAAAUGUCAGGUGUGGUCCAGUUGUGGAUCUGUUAUUGGUCUAUAAGUGUUAAUUUGUUUGUGUGCUGGCUUUAAAAACCACUUUUUCCCAUGAUGCUCAUACAAGAAAUGAUUUUUGCAGAUAAACUGCUCUGUUUUUGACAUACAUUUUUCUUUUUCAUUAUUUUAAACCUGCAGCUAUUUUUAAAAGUGAAAAAUUAUUUUUAGGUGAGGCUAACUCAGGGAUUAAUGCUUAACAAAUCUGGGUUCUUUAAUUUUUAAUAAAUUUUACCUAAACUUGUUUUCAGCUUUAGAUUCAAGCUUGGUUUUCACUAUGGCCGUAAAAAUGCACAAGUGAAAGAAUACGAAUCGGAAAGGCCAUUGGUUGAUUAUUGGUCAUGCGCCCUUGAAUAAAUUCAAAUGUAUCUUGGUCUUGUAGCCUACCAAAGCAGAUGUAUUCCUAGUCGUCGCUUCUCUCCAACCUAAGCAGACGUUAUUUUUUGGGUGGAGAGAAGCAAUGACUGGAAAUACGUCUGUAUUCACAGGCUACUAACUGCGAUGCAAUUCAAUAAUAAUAUACCCUGCCCAGGAUACGACAGCACGUGAUAAAACCAUGAUGGAAAGUGCAGUGGCAUGAGACACGGAAAACACUGACAGUUUUCACUCUGGUGAAUGUUUACAACAACAAAAACGUGAAGCCUUCAGCUGAAGCCUUAAGCAAAGUUAAAGCUUGCCUUGUGCUUGCGUUGCAUUGCUAGUGAAAACCAUGCUGUAGAAAGGUUAACGGAGAUCUAGGGGUUUCAUUUUCCGACUUUCUUAUAAAGAACUUAACAUUUACAAGGACAUAAUUUCAUUAAUGUAUAAAUGUAGCACCGUUCAACCCUUUUUAGCCCAAACAGUUAUCAGUGGAGUCUGUUUAGAAUUUGUAGUAAUUAAAAUGAUAAUAAGAAACUGUAUGACUGAAUUAAAGCAUUGAACUGAUAAUGUCCUUACCCCAUAAACAUCUAUAAAAGACAUUGCUAACACUUUAAUUUUCUACAUUUUGACCCAUCCAGUCAAGCGAUCAUAGAACUACAUCAGCGUACGCAGUAUAACGUUUUGCUUUCAUUCUUUUCCAAACUGUUAAAGGUAAAUCUCAGGUUUGUGGAAAUUGAAUACUAAACUUUUAACAGUGUAAGCAAGAAAUAUUUAUUAUUAUAACUUAUAAAACUUAAAAGUGUGAAGGGUGAUGGGGGUGGGUAGAUUUUGUGCCCAACACUUAUCACAAAAAAGUGUUUUUACGUCUUUCACCAUGAUAUAUAUGUACAAUACAACUAAUAUUACAACUAACACUCGUUUUUUAAAAAGUAAAAAAAAAUAAAAAAUUGUGUUGUAAACUCUCUAGACUAUACAUGUAAUUCCACUUACAGCUUUAAACUAAAAUGAAUAAGGAAAAGCAAAUAAUUUGGGGUUAAAAAACCUUAAAGCAAAAUGAAUAAAGUAAAGCAAAUAUUUUUAGGUUGAACAGAAUAUUUAUGGCGUAAAAACGUGACGAUGAUGAUAAGGAAGUCGGUGAUUGACGGGGACAAUGGCGGUGAUGAUGAUGAUGAUGAUGAUGAUGGUGAUAGGAACCGUAAGCAAAGACGACGACGACGACAUCAGUGACUAAAAAAUUGAAUUUGCGUCCUUUUAAACUUUAUCGCGUCUAUUUGGAACCGCUCAAUUCGUCAAAUGUGGGCAACUUUUUCCUGGUGUAGAAUUCUUAAGGGCUUUAUCCAUGUUCAAAUAGGAAAGGGAAAAUUGUCGUCGUAUGUCCACACAAAGGUGAUGUUACCCGAGACGAUUCGCAACGACGAUUUUUAGCGCAACACAGAGUCACAACAUUGUUGUCGAAUGGUUACACCAUUGUUCCAACAUUGCAAGAUUUGCAACGCUGUCUUGCGCUAAAAAUCGUCGUUGUGAAUUGUCCCGUGUAACAUCACCUUAAAACGUCGCAUUGGGAGGUUUCACGUCGUAGUCGUGCAGUGGACGUCAAAGAAAUGUACUAAAAAGCGUGAUGCACGUGCAGAGUUGUUGUUUUGCUCAUAAAACCAAUUGUUUUAUGACGUUGUUGUUGUCGUGGUCGUCGCUGUUUAAGGUCCCUAAUGAAGAUGACCAUGACGACGACGGUGCUGAUGAUAAUGAUGAUGAUGUAGUAUGGCAAUAUUAAUGAAAGUAGUAUUAGAAUUAUAAGUAACAACAGACCAGACAUAAAACAUGCAUGUGAUUUCGGACCUGUUCCUAUUCUUUUCAGAACUUAUGCGAAACACAUCCAGUUGUCUUUCACGCGACGAAACCAAGGGAACAGGAAAAAUAUUCGAAAGGAGACGAGGUUAAAAACCAUCCAUCGGCUUACAAAGUGAGCUUAGAGAGCCGCUGGGUUUAUCCAGAUCGAAGAAACUUGAUUUCUUCGGCCGAGAAGUGUAUUAUCUCUGUCGAAGUCGAGGAUACAAGAAGCGGGGACAGGAAGGAUAGUAGUGAAAGAAAAUGCCACACUCUGAAUGUUAGCGGAAAUGAAACGACGCAAGAUUUAAACCUUGUUGAGAGUAUUUCAAAGAAAGUAAGUUUCGAGGACGAAGGUACCGUUACUAGUAAAACUAUCACGGAUGUAACGGAGAAAGAUUUAAGUGAUAAAAGUGAAAAGGAAAUGUUGGAGGAAGAUACAAAGAAUUCGACAAAACUUGAUGAUACUAGAAAGAGCAAUUUUCAACCGGACGUUGCUGGGAAAGCCCGCCCGAAGACAAGUCACGAGAGGUCGCGAAAAGAUGGCGAAGAAGCGACAAUGGACAUUCGGAAGCCGCGACGACCGCACACGGCUCCUGCUGCUCCUCCGUCGAGCCCCAGAGUUAACUUUGAUUCACGACUUAAUAAUUGCGUUCCCAUCAAAAUACCAACAUCGCAAGGGGAGGUGGAAAAUAGCAGCAGUUUUUUGUCAGUGGACAAUCAAGCAAGUGAAGAAAAAGACUCGUUUAUUGAGCUCAAUCAAAGCUCAAGUUCUGAAGAUGAAAGCGAAAAUGAUUACAGUAUAGGUGAGGAUUGCCCUACUUUUUCAAUACAAGUAUCACCGAGUUCUUGUGAAAAAGGUGCCUUCCAAGGCGACGGUGCCACACCAAAAAAACGGGUAACGUUUUGUAAAUCAGCGCCGAUCGUAAGAACUGUACCUCGCCUUGAAAAAGCUAAAGUCCCGCGGGCGAGGUCGUCGAGUUCAAAUAGACCCCCUCAGCCGAUUGUUAUUGUGGCAGAAUCAUCUCUGGAGUUAUCCAAACAUCUACCACCCGCCCAAGCACUUGUAGCUCUGAGGAAGAAAAUUCGCGACGAUUUAGCCCAUCAGAAUCAUGAAUUGCAAUUGGAUAUUCAACAGUUGUACUUGAGAAAACAUUUAGAGUAG